AGUUUCGAAUAUCUCGUUCAGUAUAUAAGUGGUCCGAACUCUGCACAAAGAGUUUUUCUACAAUUAUGACAUAUGCAUCAGUUCGAUAUGCGGCUCUAAGCCAAGACGACGAUAUGGAGCAAAACUCGUCCAAUGCCACUGGCAAGGACGAGUUUGUGAGCGGGAUCGAGUACGGAUCACCACCAGGCACCUUCGAUAGUGCUUUCACAUAUGCCCCCUAUAAUGAUUUGGAUAAAAUGGGCUAUGAAGGACCGAAAAGGAUGGGUAACUGGAUCGGCAAUCGUUUCAGUCAUUUCACGUAUAAUCAUGCAUUUGACGAAGAUGAAGAGAAGGAGGUUGCGCCAAUGAACACUAUCGAGUUAAUCAUUUAUGUUUUGAGUGUUAUAUUAGUGGUGUUUACUUUACCACUCUCGCUACUUUUUGUGUUGAAGUUCGUUUCAACUUCUGAACGGCUUGUGGUGCUAAGGCUAGGACGAGCGCAAAAGACUCGAGGACCUGGAGCAACGUUUAUAUUACCAUGUAUAGACAAUACAUAUAAAAUUAGCACUACCAUCUCAGCUUUCAACGUUCCUCCUCUACAGGUGAUCACCAUCGACCGAGGUUUGGUAGAACUUGGAGCAACAGUAUUCCUCAGGAUUCGUGAUCCUAUCUUAGCCGUUUGCUCUAUACAAGAUCGAAACACCUCCACAAGAACGUUGGCAAACACAAUGCUUUAUCGAUAUAUCAGCCGGAAGCGAAUUUGCGAAAUUACAAAUGGUCAGGAACGACGCAUACUUGCUGGAACAUUCAAGGAUGAAUUAGGCAGUUUUACUGCUAUUUACGGUGUGGAGAUCACUGAUGUAGAGUUGUCAGAUGUGAAAGUCAUCAAGGAAGGAGAGGACAUGGGGAUGGCAACGUUGAGUGCCGUUGUCAAAUCUGAUGCUGGACAAAAGCUUUGGGAGGUAAUCGCCCCGCACGUCGAGGAAUUUGCCCGAGAAGCUGCCGAAAUGGCAGCAGAGAACGCACAAGCGCAAGGCAGUCAAUCAGCUACCGGUCCCUCAGCUAAAGAAGAAGAACUCAUUAAUUUCGACGAGAACAUCGAUGAAGAUCGAAUUGUAACGGCCAUCAAUAUGGCAAUUGACAGUCAACUGGCAAAAGCCAUCAAUCGAGUUUUUCAAGUGAAUUGUGCCGGUUUAACCCCGAUGUACAUCGACCUAAGACGACAACCGGCUGUUUGUGCCAAAGGAACUGUCGCGAAUCCAGAUGUGAUCUUCGAGAUGAAUCAGGCAACUUUUUUGAAAAUUAUCAAGGAGGAAUUGUCACCGAUGAACGCCUACAUGCAAGGAACUCUAAAAUUAUCCGGUGCCAUACAGGAUGCUUUGUCUUUGAAGUAUCUUGCUGAAAGGGUGAAACAAUUGUUAUGAGCCAUUGUCAGCAGUCAUGCGUUUAUAUACGGGUCUAUCAUUGCUUCAAAUGUUUUUCCUUUAUUUUCUCAAUAUUUUGAGUUGCUAGUGUGUUAACCUGUAAUAAAUGUGC